CAUUUUAUUAGAUAAGAAGCCUAAUCAAAAUUCAAGCUCAAUGUUUUCGUCAGUUUGGAAAAGUGUGGCGACCAACAUUGAAACUCAAUUGACUUCUUAUUACUUUCGAGGUGCGAUUUGGCCAAAUUAUCGCGUUGCAGUUGUUGCAUCUGCUGUGCCUGGUGUGGGAUCCGUUAAACGUUGUCUGGUGCAAGUCUGUCGCGUCCAUUUACAAAAGAUUCGAAAAGUUGGAUUUAGAGGAAUGCAUAGCACACUGGAGGAUGUCAUGGUGGGCGGCAUGGAGGUGAAGAUUUUGCCGGCUUUGCAGGACAAUUACAUGUAUUUGAUUGUGGACAAUAAAACGCGAGAAGCAGCUGUUGUGGAUCCCGUGGAUCCAGAUUUGGUUAUAAAGACCGUGCAGGAGCAUAAUGUCAAACUGAACAAAGUGCUGACCACACAUCAUCACUGGGAUCAUGCUGGUGGCAACGAGAAGCUUGUCAAAAUGUGGACUGGUGAGUUGGACGUUUACGGUGGAGAUGAUAGAAUUGGCGCCAUGAAUCAUAAAGUGCAACAGGACGACUCUUUCACUAUUGGUGGCCUUAAUGUGCGCUGCUUGUCCACACCAUGCCACACAACUGGCCAUAUUUGUUAUCAUGUUACAUCAGCUGAUGGUCAAGGUCCUGGAGCUGUGUUCACUGGCGACACGCUCUUUCAAGGCGGUUGUGGUCGUUUCUUUGAGGGCACACCCGAGGAAAUGUAUGAUGCAUUGUGUGCCAAGCUGUCUGCAUUGCCCGACGACACAAAGGUCUUUUGUGGACAUGAAUAUACUUUGCAAAACAUGAGCUUUGCACGCCAUGUGGAGCCCGAUAGCAAGAUUAUUCAGAAUCGCAUUGAGUGGGCCAAGCUUCGUCGCGCAGCCAAGGAUCCUACCGUACCCUCCACCAUUGGCGAGGAGAAAUCUUGGAAUCCGUUUAUGCGCGUGCAUGAAAGCAUUGUUCAGCAGCACGCCGGUGGAGAGACUAAUCCUAUUGAUACCAUGGGAAAGCUGCGCAAGGAAAAGGAUAAUUUUAAAGCCUAAAAGGCUAUACAUAUUGCUUAGACUUAAUUAAUUAAUUCAAUGUUUCCAAAGGAAAUUAAAAUACACGUGAAAAUAAUGAAUUGGCAACAAAAUUGGCUUCAAUUGUAGCAGAAGCAUUUAUUUCAAAGUUUUAGGCUUGUAAAGGUCCUGUAAUUGUUAUUGGGAUAGCUAAUUCGAAUUUUCAUUCAAGGCGUUUUGAAAUGUAUUUAAACUAGUAAUGGGUAAAUUUCCAAAAUAAUAA